CGAGGAGGGGAUGAAGGCAGGCAUCGCCAUCAAGCCCAGCACCUCCGUCGACGUCCUGUGGGACAUUCUCGAGAGCAAGGAGGAGAUUGAGCGACCGGAUAUGGUUCUCGUCAUGACCGUCGAGCCCGGUUUCGGCGGGCAAAAGUUCAUGCCCUCAGAGCUGCCCAAGGUGAAGGCGCUCCGCGAGCGCUAUCCAGACCUGAACAUCGAGGUAGAUGGCGGGCUGGGCCUGGGCACGAUCGACCAGGCUGCGGAUGCAGGCGCCAAUGUCAUCGUGGCUGGGUCGGCCGUGUUUGGAGCCAAGGAUCCGGCAGAUGUGAUUGCGAAACUGAGAGAGGCUGUUGAGAAGCGGCGGCGUUAA